AUGAGUCAGACAUUAAGUACUUUCAGUUUCUUUUCAUUGAAUCAGAUGAAAUGAAAGUCGCAAACAGCCAUUUUAUCAGAAAUGGAGGAAAACAAGGAAGAGUACAGACUGUGUGCCCACUGCAAAAAGGAUGUGGCUUCAGCCAACUUUGUCCUGCACGAGUCCCACUGCCGUCGCUUUCUGAGCCUGUGUCCGGACUGCGGGGAGCCGGUGCCCCGGGACGAGAUGGAGCAGCACAGGUCCGAACAGCACACCCAGGUCAGGUGCACACAGUGCAAACAGAAGCUGGAGCGCUGCCAUCUGCAGGAUCACCAGGAAAAUGAAUGUGAGGGCAGAUUGCAGUGCUGUCAGUUCUGCCAGCUCCAGCUGCCCUUCCGGAAGCUAGCAGAGCACAUCAGCGCCUGUGGCAGCCGAACAGAGCUGUGCCCAGACUGCGACCGCUACAUCAGGCUGCAGGACAUGGACGCCCAUUCAACGUCGUGUUCCUCCAGGCCACAAGAGGGCGCUCCAUCGAAGGGGACCAGCCAGAAUGCUGCAGAGUCCCAAUUCCAGCAGUGUUUGAAGUGCAUGAAAUCUGUCUCUGUGGCCCAGAUGCAGGAACACCAGCUGGAAUGCCUCGCAGCGUCGCCCCCUAGUGACACGGAGGAUGCUGUGGACCCAGAUAUUUACCAGGCCACGUCAUUCUCCCUACAAGGACGCAAAACGUCAAAGGAGAAGGACAUGGGAGAGAUCAGCACAUGUCCCCAGUGCCAUUUGGCUCUGCCGUGGAUCACACUGAAGUGGCAUGAGUCCAAAUGUCGCCUGUUUGGACACCUGAGAAAGUCUGAUGCCAACUGACACUGGCAGAACCAUCCGGAGGACAAUGUGCUGUGGGCGACCAAACUUAGACACUCAUCAAACGCUUGAAUGGUGAAAAGUGACUUAUAAUAUGUGUAUAAAAAUAUUGUUGAGAUGAAUUCCUAAUAAACCAAUGCAGACUGCGA